AAUAUAGCUGGUGCUGAGGCGGGAGCUGCGAGGUGACAGGGGGUGUAGACUGACUCCGAGCAGGAAGAACAGAAGCUUUGAGUCUUACAGUAAACGGUUGCUGCAGCAUAACAAGUGAUCGCUGCCUUGCUUUCCACUGUUUGCCCUGUUUGUUGACUCUGGCCGGAUCCCCAUGCCCUGCGCUGCCAGAGGAGAGAGGGAGAGAGACUCAACCUCAACGUUGGUGAGGGCUGACAGUGUAGAACUCUCACGCACCGGUUCCAGCAGCUCGGGGGCACAUUCCACUGGGAGCAGUGAGGUACAGGCGGAGACUGUGAGUGAGCCUUCCCUGUAGUUCAGGAAGCGUUUGUGUGGGAUUUGGGCUGGUGCUUGAGCGAGCACUGUGUGAAGGAGCAACCUGGAGUGAGUGAGUGCGUGCGUGCGUGCGUGAGCCUGCGAGGAACUCUACCACAACACAGCAGAGAGCAGAGGAAACAGUGUCGUCGGCUGUUUACCGGAGCUCUGGCUUGCAGCGGUAACAAGACCGCAGCCGAGAGGUCCACAGACGGGGCGAGAGAGAGAGAGAGGGAGGGGAGCUGAAAGCGACUGGUUUGCGGGGAGCGGCUGUGCAGGCAGACGUGGGGCCGGGAGGGAGCAGCAUGUGUUGAGGAUGUUUGUGGGAGUCGUGAACAGUGGCUCCUUUCAUUGCCUGGUGGAUGUUGCCCAGAGCUGAAGCAGACAGCAAAGGGCCUGGGGCCUGCGGACUGAUGGAGGAAGAGGCCAUCCUGGAACUGUUGAACAAGGUUCUGGAGGAUCAGGAGGACCUGGACUGGACAGAAUGGGAACUGCUGGACGACAGCUUGACUCUCGGGUCAGGCCCGGCCAGUCUAGAGCUCCUCAAGAGCGAUGUGGAGCUGGAGAAGGGGCUGGAGAUGAGGAAACUGGUGCUGUCGGGAGUCCUGGCCAGCGAGGAGAUUUACAUCAACCAACUGGAGGCCCUACUGGUGCCCCUGAAGCCUCUCAAGGCGGCUGCCACCACCUCUCAGCCCGUCCUGACCAACCAGCAGAUCGAGACCAUCUUCUACAAAGUGCAGGAGAUUCACGACGUCCACAAACAAUUCUACGACUGCCUCAGUCCCAAAGUUCAGCACUGGGACCACAGAGACUCGGUGGGACAACUCUUCCAGAAGCUGGCUGGGGAGCUUGGUGUAUACAAAGCAUUUGUAGACAACUACAAAAUGGCCAUGGAGAUGGCGGAGAAGUGCAGUCAGGUGAACAUCAACUUCAAGAAAAUCUCGGAGGAUUUGAAAGUCAGAUGCCCGAAGGACGUCAAGGAAUGUUCCACCUCCAUCACUCUGGAAGCGCUCCUCUACAAGCCCAUUGAUCGAGUCACACGGAGCACUCUAGUGCUACAUGACCUGCUCAAACACACGCCCACAGACCACCCGGACUACCCUCUGCUCCAGGACGCUCUGCGUAUCUCCCAGAACUUCCUCUCCAGCAUCAAUGAGGAAAUCUCUAGCAGGAGGACUCCCGUCACUCUGGCAAAGGGAGAGAACCGGCAGCUGCUGAAGGAUGGGUUUCUGGUUGAAAUCUCUGAGGGAACCAGGAAGUUGCGACAUGUCUUCCUGUUCACUGACCUCCUGCUGUGCGCCAAACUGAAAAAACAAGCUGUGGGGAAGCACCAGCAGCAGUAUGACUGUAAGUGGUACAUCCCCCUGUCAGACCUGGUCAUCCUGUCAGCCGAGGAGUCAGAGCACAGCCCCCAGGUACACACCUUCCCCGACCACGAGCUGGAGGAGGUCAAGAUGAAGAUCUCGCACAUCAAAAACGAGAUGCAGAGAGAGAAGAAAUCGUCAAAGGGCCAGAGCCGGGCGAUGGAGCGAUUAAAGAAGAAGAUGUACGAGAACGAGUCCUGGCUCCUGCUGCACUCGCCCACAAUCCCCUUCCGCAUCCACAACAAGAACGGCAAGGGUUACCAGUUCCUGUUGUCCUCUGAUUACGAACGAUGUGAGUGGAGAGAGGCCAUCGAGAAACUGCAGAAAAAGGAGCUGCAGGGCUUUGUGCUGAGCUCUCUGGAGCUGCAGAUGUUGACGGGCUCGUGUGUGAAACUCCGAACAAUCCACAACAUCCCAGUCACCAGCAACAAGGAGGACGAUGAGUCUCCUGGGCUGUACGGCUUUCUCCACGUCAUUGUCCGGUCGGCAAAAGGAUUCGAGAACUCGGCCAGUCUGUAUUGCACAUUGGAAGUGGAUUCCUUUGGCUACUUUGUCAGCAAAGCAAAGACCCGGGUUUUCAGGGACACAAAUGAGCCCCACUGGAACGAGGAGUUUGAGAUCGAGCUCGAGGGCUCCCAGUCACUGCGCAUCCUCUGCUACGAGAAGUCGUACGACAAGAGUAAACUGAACAAGGACGACAACGAGAUCGUGGACAAGAUCAUGGGCAAAGGACAGGUGCAGUUGGACUCGCAGAUGGCACAGACAAGGAGUUGGCAGACAGCGGUGAUUGAAAUGAACGGGAUCGAGGUGGAGCUGUCCAUGAAAUUCACCAGCCGAGACCUAAGUCUCAAACGAACUCCGUCCAAAAAGCAGACCGGUGUCUUCGGGGUGAAAAUCAGCGUCGUCACAAAGCGGGAGCGCUCCAAGGUGCCGUACCUCGUGCGGCAAUGUAUCGAGGAGGUGGAGAAGCGAGGGAUCGAGGAGGUGGGAAUCUACAGGAUCUCUGGUGUGGCCACCGACAUCCAGGCUCUGAAAUCUGCCUUCGACAUGAACACCAAGGACAUGCUGGUGAUGCUGAGUGACCUGGAUAUCAACGCCAUCGCUGGGACCCUUAAGCUCUACUUCCGGGAGCUGCCCGAGCCCCUGUUGACUGACCGUCUCUACCCAGCCUUCGUGGAGGGCAUCGCUCUGUCCGAUCCAGGAGCCAAGGAGAACUGUAUGAUGCACUUGCUCCGCUCGCUACCAGACCCCAACCUCAACACGUUCCUCUCCCUCCUCGACCACAUGAAAGGGGUGGCUGAGAAGGAGCCCAUUAACAAGAUGUCGCUACACAACCUGGCCACCGUAUUUGGGCCGACUCUACUGAGACCCUCAGAGUCCGAGAGCAAGAGUCACACCAACUCCGUCUCCGACAUCUGGUCACACGAUGUCAUGGCACAGGUCCAGGUGCUCCUGUACUACCUGCAACACCCUCCCAUCUCCAUCACCGAACUCAAGAGAAACACCCUCUACUUCUCCACAGACGUGUAGCCCAAGACUGGGGUGAGGACUCAUCCACAUCAACCUGCUGGGAUUGACGGCAACAAACUCCUCCCCCUCCCCCCCACCCCCACUCCUCUCCCCCAGAAAAAAAAUCAAACAAAAGAAAGAAAAAAAAGUUAGCCUUGCUGUCACUUGCGACACAUAAUGCUUAUCUGGUUCUGUACAGUGGAAUGAAAGGGAGUCGCAGUGCGUGCUUUUGUAUCCUAGUCCUGUCUCUUGUGUUGUGUGUCCAAACACUGCUGUACGUGUGCUGGUGACCGGUGCCUGGACGGACUGUGUUUCCCUCCCGCAUGGUCCGUUUGCCCCUUUUUACAUCGCUGAGCUGCGGGGAGAGGGGGGGAAGACACCGAACAUUGGGACCAUCUUUCUGUCUCCUUCCCCCUCUCCGACAUGUCCUUGAGGAAGACGUUACCAAAACCAAGGAGUUCGGGGUCGGACGGACCUCUUCAAACCUUUGAACGAGUUUUAAAAAAAAAAAAGGAAAAUAAACUGAGAACGAGUUGAAAAAGGAAAAAAACUGGGUAUGCUGGAACUCUGAACCGAAAUGCCGGAUAUCAACAGUGUUGGAUAUCGAUGACCGUCCGAUAGGGAAAGGCAGGUUACCGUUCCGGUGUGUGAGGCUUCAUCAGAAGGGACAGAGAGGACCCUACUGCAGUCUCUGUGCUACUGCAAGUGGAUUGUUGAGAGUGUAACUCAGUUGAUUAGAGAAUAGACAGUGGACUGUGGUUAGGGUUUGAUAAAUUGCUCUGAUUAUUAUUAUUAUUAUUAUUAUUUUUUGGCUUGGUAAUGAUGUUUCACUUUCUGUAGAUUAUAUUGAUCCUCAACGGAUGAACUCGGAGAAGAAAAUGAGAAAUUAAAAAAAAUAAAAAAAAUUUGAAGGUGCAACAUUUGCACGAAAGAUGUA